UACCUCGCAUUCACAAUCUGGAGCACGGCAGUCCACCAUGUUCCGCAAUUCGUACGACUCGGACAACACCACCUUCUCGCCGCAGGGCAAGCUGCAUCAGGUCGAGUACGCGCUCGAGGCUGUUAAGCAGGGCAGUGCGGCCAUCGGGCUCCGCUCCUCGACCCACGCCGUGCUCCUCACCCUCAAGCGCAGCACCGGCGAGCUUGCGACGUACCAGAAGAAGCUGAUUGACAUUGACGACCAUGUCGGUAUUGCGAUUGCGGGACUGACCAGCGACGCGCGUGUGCUGAGUAACACAAUGCGCCAGCAGGCGAUGCAGAGCCGCAUGCUCUACGGUCGCCCCGUUCCGGUUGCGCGUAUUGUCCAGACCAUUGCCGACAAGGCGCAGCAGAACACGCAGCAGUACGGGAGGCGGCCGUACGGUGUUGGCUUCUUGGUCAUCGGACAGGACGAAACUGGGCCCCACCUCUACGAGUUCUCGCCCUCAGGAACCGCGUUCGAGUACUACGCGCACUCGAUCGGCGCGCGCUCGCAGAGUGCCAAGACAUACCUUGAGAAGAACUUUGACACCUUCGAGAACGCCGACCUCCCCUCCUUGAUCAACCACGGUCUCUCGGCGCUCGCCGACACGCUGCAGCAGGACAAGCACCUGACGACGGCGAACACUGCUCUUGCUGUCAUCGGGCCGGCUAGCGAGGGUCUCGAGGCGCUGACUGGGCCUGGGUCGGGCGCUGUCCGCCGCGGUGCUUUCCGCGUGUACGAGAACGAGCGCGUCGAUUCGAUUCUGCGCGCGUGGCGCCGCUCGCGUGGCGAGCCUGAGGACGAGCCACAGGAGGGCGGCGAAGGUGAGGGAGACGCGGCUGGGGCUGCGGCCGCGGCUGCUCCUGCUGCAACUGACGCACCUGCCGCGGCAGCAGGAGAGGACGUUGAGAUGUCGUAGCGUCGUAGACGGUAGAUUGUACGUACAUGCACGUGUGAAGC